GUUAGUUGUUGUCGAGCAAAGCGCGCAAAAGUUAUUGUAAUUUUUUUACGUAAAAAUUAUGGCACCGACGCCUUAUAUGAUUAACAGUGAGUGCAUCAGCGGAGAGGAACCAAUAUCCAGAACCUACCAGUACAGGAAAGUGAUGAAACCGAUGCUGGAAAGAAAAAGACGAGCUCGGAUCAAUCGUUGUUUGGAUGAACUCAAAGAGCUUAUGGUGACAGCUUUGCAAAGCGAAGGAGAAAAUGUUUCAAAAUUGGAAAAAGCUGACAUCCUGGAACUCACAGUACGUCAUUUACACAAUCUCAAACGCCAACACCAACUUAUAUUGCCUCAAGAACAAUCUUAUGCUGAUCGAUUUAGAGCGGGAUUUACUCAGUGCGCUCAAGAAGUUACUCACUUUAUUACAACGCCUGCUCCAACGGAUUUGGUUGAUCCAGCUUCUGGAAGAAAACUUCUUCAACAUCUCAGCGCUUGUGUCCGACAGCUGGAUAAUGUGGCUCAGCUACAGCUUCAGCAACAUAGACAUACAAUGACACCGCCAGUUUCACCUGCAAGUGAUAUAGUUAAAGUGGAAAAGGAUGUUUCUGAUGCACCUAUGUGGAGGCCUUGGUGAAAUUAUUUUUUUUUUGUUUGAUGAAAGCUUUAAUAUUUUUUUUUUGUCUUCCAAAAAAUUUUGCAAUUUUUCUUUCUUUUUUUUUUAAUCUUUUUUUAGCUUUAAAACUGUGAUAUAGGUUUAAACGAAAAAAUAUUUUAUUAUUUGAUUUUUGUGUGUGUCUGUAUAAUUAAAUUUUUGCUUUGUAUAAUCGUUUUUUUUGUAUGUUUAGUUGUUAAGUACCUGAGUGUUUUGUAUAUAAAAAAAAAUAAUAAUGAUUAGAAUUUGUUUUAUAUUAAAAUGAUAUUUUCUAAAAUUUAUUUUUGUGUUUUUUUUUUUUUGCACCGAUUUAUUCAUAAUUAUAUCCACAGCUGGGUCUGAGAUUAAGUGCAGAUUAAUUACAAACAUUUUUC